CUACUUCCUGGUGCACUGGUUAUAACCGAAAGUAAUCGUUUGCGUCAUUUUCUGUGCAUUAUUGCGACGGUGUGUUUAUUGUCUGGGUAUAUGACACGCUGCCCACUCCUUCCUAUCAGCCACGCUGCCUCCACCUUCAGCUCCACUCUGCCUGGAUCUCAGCCAUUAUCCUCUCACCACUGCAGCAGGAGCUUCACAUCACCGUUUCAUCUGCUGGUUCUCAAUAAAGCCUGUCUUUGUGAGAAGAUAUGUCGGUUCCAGGGCUUCUCCUCGAGACUCUGGAGGAGCUGGGCAAGGAUGACUUCAUCGCGUUUAAGUGGCACCUCUCCAUAAAGAUCUUGGCCAACUGCAAACCGAUUCCCAAGUCCCGCCUGGAAGACAUUCCCCGGACGGAAACUGUGAGCAGGAUGAUAGAGAGCUACGGCGAAAAGUCAGCUGUGGAUGUCACUGUUGCAGUUCUGAAGACGAUGAAUCAGAACAACGCUGCGGAUGAGUUAGAGAGAAGAUACGCAGCAGGAGCAGGAGCAGCAGGGGGAGCAGCAGCUACACCGUCCUCCUCUGCUGCGGUGCCUACUGCUGCUCCUGGCGCGAUGGUAGCUCAGCAGGGAGGCAUCAUCAUCGCGCCAUCAGUCACCGGUACCACCUGUAAAGCAGUGAAUAUAACCAUUAAUAAAUAAACUGGGCUGUGUUUAUUAAUGACCAGUUUUUGUUAUAUGAAGUUAUAGUUGUUUACAAAUACAUGAAUAAGCACUUACAUCUGUUUACAACUAUAUCAUAGUGUGUCACAAAUAUUAAUUCAAUGUGUCUAUAUCAGGUUUAUACAUGCUUGAACGUUUCUCAUUCUCAUUCUCAAGUCAUACGAUGACCACGAGCAAUAUCAUGACUUUAUAUACAUUUUCCAUGCUAUGGUGCUUUAAGACCAAGUACUAAAUGAAGAAAACAUUUUUUAAAUGUGCUUAAAAUUACAUCAUUCUAAAUAAA